AUGGAGGACAACACUGCCUGCCCAGGCCACACACGAGGAACUGCUGUGGCCUGGGUCACACUUGGUGUCGCCUUCACGGCUGCUGGCGCGGGGGCGCAGUGUAUACCACUCCUGCCAGGGAGCUCCUUGGAGUCAUGUGCGGCUCUGUCCCCACCAGCGUGGGAGCGCCUGUGGGUCUGCCAUUGUGUCUUGCCGAUCGCGUGUUUCCAGGCCCCACAGAGAACGUAUUGUGGGACCGCCAUAAACACGGGGCUCGCCACGAGUCCAGCCCUGGCCUUGCCCAGCAGGGCUGGGCCGCCACGCCGGGCACAGCACAUACCGAGUUUCCUCUGUGUUGCGGCUCGCGGGGCGCUGGAGUGCCCGGGUGUGAGCUCCAGUCACAGUCGGGCUCUCCUGGAGGGUGCUCGGAACAGCCUGUGGGAUCCUCCGUGGGGCCUGGGAGCUGGGGAGGAGCGGGCAGGUCUGUGGCUCUGCGGUGGCCGAUGGAGACCCUUGAGGGGGCGUGCGUGGGGCCGAAUGGGAAGAUGGGAGGAACCCGCAGCCUCCGUGUGUGGUGGGACUUGCUGGAUGGAUGGGAAAACAAGGAGGACCCAGCAGCCUCCACUUGGGGUGGGCCUUGCGGCUGGGGCCACCCCUGGGGCUGCGUUUCCCUUUUCCUCCACUGCUGCCUUCCUAGAGGUUUCCCGGGCCCCAGAAACACCCGGCCGCAUCCAGGACCGAGGCAACCAGCCCAGUGACCCGCUCAGUGGCCACCAUGGUAGCAACUUAUCUGUAACAACCAUCACCACCACCUCCCCCAAGCAGGACCCCCCCGUGGCCCCCGAAGGCACAACCCAGAAGAGUACACCUCUCACUUCCAGCGACACGAGGACAGCCCCGGACCAGGACAAGGGGGACGUCACCACAGCUGCCAGCCACACCACGGGGACCUCGGCCGCGCCUGGUCAAGGCCCCUCCACGGGGCCCCCAGGCUCAGCCGGAGAGCAGGACUCAGACUCCAUCACAGGCCCUGGGGCCACGGGGGUCGUGCAGGACAUGGGCAGCUCUUCACACGGGCCACCCGUGACCACUGCUGAGCCCAGAGCCAGCAGCAGCCCAGGUGGGGUGCAGAGCCCAGCUGCCACACCAGACGGGAGCAGCCCCAGCACCACCCCAGGUCUCACUACCAUGAUGCCGGCUGCCAGUUCUCCACAGAUGAUUCCACGCCCUGUAGAUGCCGCAAGCCCCUCCCAGCCCGCCUCUGUGACCAGCCCCUCAGCCCCAGCCACGGAUACUUUGGAACCUCUGGGGAGCUCUUCCAAAAGACCCGACCCUCUCACUACGGUUUCAAGUGGCCCAGGCACCACAGCUGGCCCUGGCCACACCGUCCCAAGCCCGGCUUUGCCCAGCACACCACCCCCACAGGAUCCCUCACAAGGAACCCCGCAGACCCCCAGCCAGAUGCCGGCCAGCCCCGCCACUGCCGCCACCACCCCCUCUGAGGCCACACAGCCCCCAAGCUCUGGGCCGGGAAGUGUGGCCACGCCUUCUGUCCAAAGACCCAUGACCUCGCCCUCCGAGGAAGUCUCCAUGGUCCCCGAAGGCCCCAACACACCUUCUCCCACCUCAGCGCCUGCGAAUAACUGGACACAGUGCGAGUCUGCCGAGAAACUGAGCGAGAAGCUGCUCGUCCUGAACCUCACAAAGGCCAGCCUGUGUGGAGACAGCCCCCCGGAUGAGAAGUUGGUCACACUGAUAUGUCGAGCCGUCAAAAGCACCUUCAACCCGGCUCGGGAUCAGUGCCGCAUACAGCUGACCUACGUGGUUGGAAGUCAGGCGGUGGCCAUCAAAGAGAUCACUGUGACCACAAACCUCCUCCCCACGGACGUGUAUGAGCGGCUGAAGGACAAGUGGGAUGACCUGCAGGCGGAGGGAGUCAGUCACAUGCAGCUGGGAAACCAGGGGCCACCAGAGACGACGGAGGACCGCUUCAGCACCCCUCUCAUCAUCACCAUCGUCUGCAUGGCGUCUUUCCUGCUCCUCGUGGCGGCCCUCUAUGGCUGCUGCCACCAGCGCCUCUCCCAGAGGAAGGACCAGCAACGGCUCACAGAGGAGCUGCAGACGGUGGAGAACGGUUACCAUGACAACCCCACACUGGAGGUGAUGGAGACCUCCUCCGAGAUGCAGGAGAAGAAGGCGGUGGGCCUCAACGGCGAGCUGGGGGACAGCUGGAUCGUGCCCCUGGACAACCUGACCAAGGACGACCUGGAGGAAGAGGAGGACACUCACCUCUAGUUGGCUGGUGCCUCUGUGUGGCUCCGAGCUCGGCCCCGCCACCCGAAGUGCCAUUUGGACAGGGAGGGAGAGACUGGGGGGGGAGUGCACUCAGGGGCCGCUGCCUCCUGGUCCCCCCAGGGCCUUACUUGUUCCUGUUGCAAGC